GAGAGGAGAGGGCAGUUAGACAAAGAGCCUCCAACAUUUGGACUUUAUUUACACUUUACAGAAACAGCAUGGCGAGUUUGGAGAGAAAGCGCAAAGUGAAAUUCGACCCUAUGGAAUUAGAGGUUCUGGUAGAUGAGGCCAAUAAACACUUACAUGAGCUACAGAAAAAAAACCUGAGUGUCUCACAAAGGACCGCUAUAUGGGAAGAAAUCUGUGAAAACGUAAAUGCUGUUAGUAAAACGGUACGAACAGUGCAUGAAGUGAAAAGAAGACAUCAAGACAUCAGAAGAAGAACAAAAGAAAAAUUGGCGUAUAAUAAAACGUCAGUAGAUGAGAUACCUCUGACCAAGAUUGAGGAACAGGUGCAGUUAACGUUCUGCGAGGAGCAAGUCACUGGAAUUGCUGGAUAUGACACACUGGACCUAAAAGCUGAACAAGAAUCUUCAUCAGAAGUUCAGCCAUCCCCGUCAAAUUCCCCCAGAGCAGCCGCCACCCCUGCAGAGCCUCGAAAGGGCCCAGAGGACAUUGAUCUGGAGAUGCUGCAGGAACAAAAGAAACAGUCUGCAGCCCUUCAGAAAAUUGCACGAGAGAUGCGAGCGGCGUCAUCAAUGGCACGGGCGGCCAGGCGCGACACUCAGGCCAUUGCCACGCACUGCAGACAGGUGGUCAGCGCAGUAUCUGCCCUGACGAUGGCCGUCAAUUCUGUGGCAAGAGAGAUACGGGAAGGGGUUCAGGCAUUGACUGCCCUCAAUCCAGGUGGAGAAGCGGGCCGACCAAGUCCCACAGCGACAGCUAGGCAGCCUGGGACCGCAGAGGGAGGAGAGGUGCACACGCCGGACAAGUUCCACCGGCGUAAAAGGAAACACAAAUAAUACACUCAACUGUCACGUUUAAGUUUUCUUAUACUGGCUGUGAAUAUUCAUUUUGUGUAAAACAGCCAGGGCCGGCCCAAGCCUCCGUGGAGCCCUAAGCAAAAUUUGAUUUGGGGCCCUAUAUCACUGCCAAUAAUAAUGAUUAUUGAUCAUUCACACACCUACUAUAACUUAUUUCAUGUUCUACUCUGUCAUUACAGAUACACUUGUAAAACUAGAUGUGAGAACUUUCUGUUGUAGUUAGAUUGUAAUCCACAGUGAUUAAGGGCAUGGAAGCAGACAACAGAUUUGCGGACUGGCUGAAAAAUCUUUCAAUUAAUAUUUGGCAAAGUCAGCAAGUCCCCCUACUGGCCACACAGAGAAUCAAUACAUACUGUAAAACCUCAAAGAGCAGCCCGGCAUGUUUUUCCCAUCUAUGGUUUUUAAUCUGAAAUGGUAGCAAAUUCAGCUACAAGAGCAGCCAGGGGUUGAUUUACACUUAAUAUUCAAAGUGAUAUAGUACUAAGUGGGAUACCGAAUGUCAUCUAGACCAACUAAAAGUAACAAAAUAAACCAAUCAUUUACUGUAAACACAAUCUGCUUUAUUAUUUUUUGUUUUAAA